UGUGAACAAGCGCCAGCAUCUCCCCAACCCUCAGUGGACCGGCUGUCGGUGACCUGGGCUGACCCCAGCAGCAUGACUGCGUCUGGAGUCAACUUAUUCCACCUACCUUCGGAAACGCAAGUUAAUAAUGAAGUCAAGUUCUCACCAUCAGCCGGUGAUGGAUCGGAAGACGAAGACUACUCCGCCAGUCUGAGCGCGGUGCUGCGACAGCGCCGAGCGAGUGUCAGGAGGUCACGCAAGGGCCGCGCCAGGCGACCCUCGUCACCAUUCUUACCUGACGAGGGCAGGCCGAGAAGACGCUCUUCAGUCUUCACCACCAGCUCCGGAGAUACAGCAAUAUCCAUAGAAGAAGCACCAUCUAUGAUAGUGACGCAAGAGCAGAUCUUUGAAAACAUUCACCUUCAUAAGGAAGUUCUGGGCUCCGUAAAACAGCAACCUCUAGGCAUGAGAAGAAAGCUUAAAAUUGUGCAUCAGGCAAAGGCGUACAUCAAACGACACGAAGGUCAGUUGCAAGAGAGAUUGGCGCAGUCCAAAUGCACAAGGGACAUAUACGCUAGGUUUAACAUACUUCUGGCUACUAAAUGGCAACAACUCAAACGCGAGGCGGCGAACACUUCAAACUUGCUCAUUCCAUGGGAGCUCCGCAUCAAGGAAAUCGAAUCCCACUUUGGUUCCGUCGUAGCUUCCUACUUUACAUUUCUAAGAUGGUUAUUUUGGGUCAACUUGGUCAUUGGAUUCAUACUGUUGGUUUUCGUCAUUGUCCCAGAAUAUCUCACAGCAAAUCCGAACGAAGACGGAGAGAGAAAAAUCAUAAUGGAGGAAGAGCGACACAACUCCACCAACUUGCUCACGCUGUGGGAAUUUGAAGGCGUACUUAAAUGUUCACCCAUAUUCUACGGAUACUACAGUAACGUCGAACGGCACAAAUACAGAAUGCCGCUCGCCUACUUCCUUACUGGACUCGUGGUAUAUGUUUAUAGCUUCGUUGCUAUACUAAGGAAAAUGGCCGAAAAUUCUCGAAUGUCCAAACUCUCGGAAAAAGAAGACGAAUGUAUAUUCUCCUGGAAACUGUUUACUGGUUGGGAUUUCAUGAUUGGUAAUACUGAAACAGCGCAUAAUCGUAUAGCUUCUGUUAUACUUGGAUUCAAAGAAGCAUUACUUGAAGAGGCUGAGAAGAAGAAGGAUCUGAGAAAUUGGCGCAUAAUAUCUUUCCGCGCGUUUGUGAACAUAUGCGUAGUAAUACUCCUCGGAGUGUCCGCUUACGCAGUGGUGUAUGUGGUGUCGUACCCUGACGACGACAACAAACCCCGGAGCUGGUGGCGCGAAAACGAGACCACGAUAGUCGUCACUGUCAUAUCAAUCACGUUCCCCGUGUUCUUCGAGCUACUAGGCUUUUUGGAACACUAUCAUCCUCGCAAGCAGUUGCGAUUGCAACUGGCAAGAAUUAUGCUGCUGAAUUUGCUCAAUUUAUACUCUUUGAUAUUUGCAUUAUUUAGCAAGAUUGAAGGCAUGAGUCAUGACUUAGCUGAAUUGCAACCAAAGAUUGAAAUGAAUGCGACGAUGAUGUCUAUUAUGCAUUUAAAUGAAUCUACACCGACGUCAUGUUUUGAGGAGAUAGUUUCUUGUGGCCCAUGCACUUUAGAAUUGACAGUAAAGCUGAUAGCAAAUGACGCGGUGACAGUCUCCGAUGUAAUCACGACGCCUAUGUCAAUCAUAGGUAGUACGGAAAGUGUAAUUGGUAUACAAAAGCGAAGCAUUAUGAGGGAAAUAGAUGAUAAAUUGAUUACCGAGAAUUUGGCAGAUGAACCAAGUAUAGAAGCCACUGCAGGUGCUAUCGACAAUGCCCUGUUAGGCUUACAGGAACUUGAAAGGCUUAGAAAAAUUACACAUUUACAAUUUCCUUUCAACGUCACUGAAGCAGUAGAUAAUGAUACUUAUAUAGAUUAUGAUAGUACGAAUGACUUAGAAUCUACUACGCUAAAUAGUAUAUUAUUAGGUAUUAAAGAGUUAGAGAGGCUUCGAAAUAUUAGCCUAUUGUAUACGGCAGUAACUGAAGAAGAUAGUGAUAUUUCAGAUAAAGAUAAUGAUUAUUCGUUUUAUGACACUGAUAAUGGUGCUUCAUCAAUCAAUACACCUAUUGAAAAUAUAACAAACGAAAAUUUUGAUCCGUCUGAUAUAAGCUCUAGAACAAAUAUGCCCGACAGUAUUGAUAAUAAAUCUACGAUUGAUGAUUUUAGUUUACAUACAGAUACAGAAAUGACAAAUAUAAGUUCAGAUACAACAAAAAUUUACUCACUUAUGCCAGAAACUACCGUCGUCGAUCCAUCUCAUGGCUCUACCGCAACAACUACAGAUCUAAAUUGGUCUCUCGAAAGUACUUUCAAUGACACAUCUACAUCAACGUCGGUUGUAAAUACAGAAACUCAGUUUACUUUUGAAACAGAAACAACAGACAAUUCUAUUAAAUUAACGACUAACCCAGACGAAUCUAUAAUACAAAACACUUCUCCAACUGACGAAUAUUCCACCGAAUAUACAACUUUAGACAAAUCUACAACAGGAUCCUACAUCACUGAAUUAGCAUCAACGAGUAAUAUAAAAACAGAGUUAAGUACUUAUUUGAAUCCGACAUCAGUAAAAUACGAAAUGACUGAUAUAGUUACAACUGCAUCAACUGUUACCACAAAACUUACUUCUGAAGUGGCUACUACUACUAACCCCGUAACACUAUGCCCCAAUAUUACAUUUAACUGUACAGUGACCUGUGGGGGUCAAAAUGUAACCCAAAUAUUUACUAUGUUCAACUGCACAGUAGUUAAUAGAGUAUGUUACGUCAGAAGAUGCAAUGAUGGUGCCCUGAAUGAUUUGAACAGCAAUAAAACCGGGAUCGCUGUAGAUUAUUAUUAUAUAGACGAGAAUAAUCGAAAGAUGUAUAACUUAACAAUUGCUACGAAGAGAAAGUUAAGAAAAUUAUGUUGGGAGACCAUGUUCGGACAGGAGUUGGUGAAACUCACCAUGAUGGACUUAGUAUUUGUACUGCUUGGCACAUUAUUUAUGGACUUCUUUCGGGCGUUAUUCGUAAGAUACAUGAACAGAUGCUGGUGCUGGGACUUGGAGAAGAAGUUUCCAGAAUACGGAGAUUUUAAGAUAGCAGAAAAUAUUCUACAUUUGAUCAAUAACCAAGGAAUGGUCUGGAUGGGAAUGUUCUUUUCACCAGGACUUGUAGUCUUAAAUGUCGUAAAGCUGAUGAUUAUGAUGUAUUUAAGAUCCUGGGCCGUGAUGACGUGCAAUGUACCACACGAGGUCGUCUUCAGGGUUUCGAAAAGCAAUAAUUUUUACUUGGCUUUGUUAUUGACCAUGUUAUUCCUGUGCGUUUUACCAGUGGGAUACACGAUAGUGUGGGUUAAACCUUCGUGGCACUGCGGCCCCUUCUCAGAAUAUCAAAAGAUUUACGAGAUACUGACGAGAAAUAUCGAAAAGUUAUUGCCUCAGUCCCUAACGUUCGCGCUUGGGUACAUAGCAUCGCCCUCAAUAGUAAUACCACUGUUGGUGCUGUUGAUUCUCAUUAUUUACUACUUAACAUCACUGACGAAUUCUUUGCGAGAAGCUAACAAUGAUUUAAAGAUACAACUGCGUCGCGAAAGGACUGAGGAGCGUAGGAAAAUGUUCCAAUUAGCUGACACCAGGCGGAGGACUGGCUCCUCGGCCAUGGACAAUACUCCAUUUGCGAGGUGGAAGAAGGCACUGCCCUCACUGCCUCUAAGUAAAUCCAUCGACUCUGAGGAUAGGAAGAUGCUAAUGGGUGAUGACGCCGUACCACCUCCUAAAAGCGCUAAGAAACGAGGAGGAAUAUUCGAGAAAAUAGUCAACAUGGCUUUAGACAAGAAGUCAACAACCGUUGAAACAGUACCCGAAAUCAGCGAUCCUUCCCCGUCCCCAAAUAAUGCUGACGAAGAAACCGAUACAGACUUCCACGAGUCGUUGCCGAAGGAACUGUUAAAAGCGAAAGAUAUAACGAUUAACAAAUAUCCAGAACAAAAAAAGAAGAACAGCGUAGAGUUCAAAACGCUUGACAGUGAGACUAUUAAAAAGAAAUUUGUAGCUAAAGCACUCAAUCUAAAACUUGAAAAAGAUGAACGCACGGAUAAAAAAGCAAACAUUGAAAAACAAAAUAAAGAUUCCACACGUUCUGUUAAAAUAGAGACAGUAAAAAGUAUAAAACCAAAACUAAAAAGUGAAGAUACUUUUGAAGAGCCUCCAAAAGUGGAUAAGAGAUUUGCCAAACAUCAACUGUCCCAAUCGAGUACGCAAUCCCGUCAAUCCGACUCUGUGGGAUCAGUGAUUCCAGUUAUUACAAUAAGUACCACAGAGAGCGAUGAAGAAAUACUAGAAAAAAAUGAAGAAAAAAAAGAAAAAGAUAGUCCUAGAACGGACAAAGAGGUACGCGUGAAGAAGAGCAGUUCUGAUACAAAAUCAUUAAGGAGACAAAGCAGUGUCGACAGCAUCAACGAACAAAAAGUUCCCAAAGAGAAGAAACCCGAUAAUGGGCAUAAGUACCAAUAUUCAUUGUAGAUAAGAUUGAAUAGGAGUUAUUUAUUAAAAAAAA